AUGAAAGAAUUAUUGGUGCCCGCUCGACCAGUUCGAAGAUCAACGGGAGUCAAGGUGAUCAAGAUGUGCAUAUGGAAUCGAUGCUCGGAAGCGCUGAAAGGGCAAGAGAAAGAGGCAACGAGCAACGGAGGAGACAAAGGAGCCGGCGAAUGUGAAGCAACACAGCAUCGACUGCGGAAUACACCCUGCUACCAUCGUGAGGCUAUUCCUGACUCGCUUGUUUCGUAUUGUUUCUGUUCCUAA